CUGAUUCAGUUAGUUGUUUAAGAAUUUUUUGUUCUCCUUGCAUUAAAAAAUUAAUACUCCAAUGCAUUAAAAAAAUGAUGUCGAAUUUAAUAGAACUUUCUUUGUUUUUUUAAAAAUGAAAGUUCAGCACUAACCUACCAUACGCAUAAUUUACUGACAUAUUGUAGGUAGAUAUACUUAAGUAUAUCUAAAAAGAUAAAAACAAUACAAACAGGUACAAACAGGUACAAAGCAAAACUAAUCAAAAAAGGUGACAAUAUUAAAAAAAGGAUUUCCAAACUAUGCUUCAUUCUCGUUCUAUUAUUUUACGUAUUUCAAACUUUAUUUCCUAGUAAAUUUAUCUAGAAAUUUAUUAAUUUCCGUUUUUAAAAUAUGAAUAUUCCAAUAAUGACCGAAAGACAUGCAAUCAAAUAUUGCAUAAUAUAAAAGCAACUAAAAAGGACACAUCCUUAUGGAUCAUUAAAAUCACUAUAAGAAAGCUUAUAAAUCAAUUAGGAUAAUUAAUUUUAUAUCUACAUUCAUAUAUUUUUUGAACUUGUAAUUUCACAAACAAAGUCAAUAUAUAAUAUACAUACAUACCAUACAUGACAUUUACAUAUUUCAAAUCAAAAGUAGUUACCGAAUUUGUAUGAAAAUCACAAGAAGUGUUGAAAAUUGUAUAAUGUCUUAAUUUAAACUUCAUAUACUAAUUCUACGUAUCUUUUGAAUAUUUAACAAUCGUAUUUAAAACGUGAAUUUUAUAAUAUAAUUAUAAAUUCGAACAGAUUUUAUGGUUUUCAUAUUUUGUCAAUAUGAAAACUACAAAAAAAAUCUGUUUAUAUUUUCAAAAUAAAUGUUUAAAUGAAUUACCAUAGAAACUAAUAAACCCAAACAUAUAUUUUCUAGGCCUUUGUAUAUUUGCAUUUUUUCAGCGUUUUUUUUCGCUUCAACCUCUCUAACAUGGUGCUUUGCUUUCAAAUUAAAAAGUUACUUGACGUAAAUUUCAUGUAAUUUCAAAUUUGUGCCUGAAUAAGAGCAUUCCUAUUUUUAAAAGAAAAAAAAGGAAACCCUGUAUAGAUAUUUCAAUAUCAAGUAUAUUUUUUAAUCUUUAAAAAAAUUAAAAUAAAUUUCAAAAUAAUUAAAAUAAAAAAAUUAUCGAAAAGAAAUUUGAAGAAUGAGUUUAGAUAACGACACAACUCCCAUAAAAGAUUCGCCAUUAAUUUCAACUCGCCCAGUGUCACGUCGUGGAUUAAGGACAUCCAUUUCAGCCGACAUUCCUGGAUCUUCAGAUUUAACUCUUGCGCCGAUCCGAGUUGAAGGAGGCAAUUCUGUUCGCGGAAUGAGUGCAGCUGGUCGACCACUCUCUUCUGUGCGUAUUGGAACUGCUUCACGACUUGCCAGCGCAAUGUCAAACCGCACUGGUACUGCGAAUCCAAUUCGUACAGGAACAGCUUUGAGUAAUAUCAGCAACAUGAAAAUAGUGGAUAGACCGAUAACUCAAAUGGGGUUAACUGGUUUACAAACAGGUCAAGGAAGAAUUGGAACGGCUGGUGGCACAAGAAAAGUCAAAGAUAAACGUUAUUGGAUCGAUCUUAUACAAUCCAAAAUCAAACAAAUAGAACAAGAAACGGUAAGACUUAUCCAAGAGAAAACAGACAUGGAUAAAGAAAUUUCAACAAAAUUAAAACUUGAAAAGAAAGCAAAAGAAGCUGCUAAAGAAUUAACAGAAUUGCAAGAUAAAAUGGCUGAUCUAAAUAUAGCAUUAGACAGCAUUAAUUCAGGGAUUUCCAGUCAGACAUUACAACGUGAGGCGAAUGCACUACGUGAGCGUAAUGAAAAAUUGCAAUCUGAUCUUGAAAAACUAUUUACUGAAAACCAAUCAAUAGUAGAAGCUAACAAAAAAUUGGAAAAGGAGAUUGAAAUAGCAAAGAAAAAAGUACAUGAUAAAAUUCUUUCUUUACCCGCCCAAGAUCAGGCAAGGUAUUAUGAGACACAAAAAUUGGUUGAAAAUUUAAGAAAAGAACAUAUUGAUUUGCAAAAUGAAAUAGAAGCGCUUACACAAAAAUAUGAUUAUUUGAAUAACUUUAUAGUUGAGGAUCCAAUGCGGGCAGAAGCAGUUCGCUUACAUGAUAGGUUAGACGAACUUGAAGAGAAAUAUGAAACCUUAAAAGAGGAACAGGCGAAUAAACUUACACCCGAACAAGAACAAGAAAAACUACUUCAAGAUUUAAAAGCAAACAAUCAAGCUUUAGCAAAAAUCAACCAUCAGAUUAAGUUAAGUGAAAAAGAGUUAAAUGAUGCAAAAGAAGAACUAAAAUUAGUUGAACAAAAUCUUGAAGAAGUUAAUUCAGGAAAAUAUGCUAAGUAUAAGGAAUUAAAACGACGUGAUGAAAUUAUGACUGAAUUUUUAAGCAGCUUUCCUGAAGAAAUGCAAAAAGAACAGGAAAAAUUAGAAUCUCUGAAAAAUGAAAUUGCUUAUGCCAUUGAAGCUAUCACAUUAGCAGGAAUCGAUUUGAAAGAUCUUGGUUUAAAAGAUAGUGACUUACUUAAUGAAAGUAAUGACUUGACCACUAAGGCUGGAGCAAUUAAAGAAUACAAGCGUUUGAGCAUUCAGCUUAAGCAAUUAGAGCUAUUAGAGCAAAGAACAAAUGCACAGUUAAAACAACUUACAGAAGAAGAACUUAAACUAAUGAAUGAAAUAAGUCAUUACAGUAAUGUUGACCAAUUGAGAAAUGAAUCUACAGAAAAAAUGGAGGCAUUGUCAAACAAAUUAGAAGAAUUAUCAAGAAAGGAACGAGUAACUCAAGAAGUUCUUGCAGAAGCUAAAAAGCGUAAUCAAGAAAUUAAAGAACAGCUUCGUACGAAUGAAGUAUACAGGGAAAUAGCUCAUCUUGAAGAAAAACUUUCAGGCUUAGACAUUGAAAUUAAAACGUUACAAGAUAUUGUUAAGGAACAAGAUAAACAAUAUGACUACUCCGGUCUGCGAAAAAAUGUCGAUGAUCUUGUCAGUGAAAUUAAUCAAAUCUUAAUAAAAACAAAUAAAAAAAAUAUUGUUGAAGAAUAUUAGCUUUGUAAUUUGAUAUUUCUGUAUUGUAUGAACAUUUCAUAUUGUAUUGUAUAAAUAUUAAAACUGCAUGAAAUUGUAUGGAAAUAUAUUUAUGUAUUCGUGCACAAUUUCUUAAUACAUAUUUAUUUGAAAUUUAAUUAAAACCGAAUUAAAAUGGAAACACUUGUUUGAAUGAGAUAUCUUAAAAGUAUGAAGAGUAUAAUUCAAACCUGUGUUUUUAUUCAUUUUUUCAAUUUACAGCGUGACGAUUUAUUAAUUAUAUGAAAAGCGCUAAUUUUCCAAAAUAAAUUUUUGACUAAACACAAGCAAAAAAUCAUUUUAUUUAUGAAAUUUUUUU